GCCAGCUUGCUGGCCCACCAUCCAAAACAUUCAUUGAGUUUUUUGCUAUGCAAUGUUUUGUGGAGCGGUAAAAUGAUGUUAAAAUAAAUAAUAAGAACAAUUUUAAUGUCUGUGGUAUAGGAAUGACCAGUAAACAUUACCGGUCUGCUUAAAGUACGCUGGAAAAAGGGAAACUCACGAAAGAUCUGGGGGAGGACACGAGCGUUAGAGAAGGUAGGAUAUAGAGGUGGAUGCCAGCUUGAAUUUAGGAAUGGAGAUGGAGUUGGAUCCAGAGCUGGAGGAGGAGUUUGGUGUCUCUCUGGAUGAGUUGCGCAAGUGGAUCGAGGAGCAGGUGGACAGCAGUGAGGCUGUACUGCAGAGGAAAGCUGAGCUGGCACAACUGGAGGGCUGGGUUGAGCAGAGGGAAAAAGAGGUUGCUGAUAUUGACUCGCUCUGCUCCAAUGCCUCAGAGUCUGUGGUUCAGUGUGAAGCUCUUGUGAAGGAGGUGUACUGUAAGAUGGGCUUGACGUAUCGCGAGAGCAGCUCGGAAGAUGAGGGAGGAGGCAAAGCAAACACUUCUGAGGUCAUUGAGAUUGAUGAUGAUGACGAUGACGAUGUCAUUGCUGUAGCAUGUGUGGUUCCUCCCAAGAAAGUUGUUACACCUGCCAAGGACACAGCGCUUAAGGAAGCCUCAGCCGCACUUCAAAAAACAUCUAAGCAAGUGCAAAACCUGGUGCAGUCCGUCAAUAAAACAGCACCUCCCAUAUCCGGGAUCACCACACCCACGAAGGGAGUGGCUCCUCCCCCACAAACACCUGCUGGUGUGAGUGUUCCAGCAGUGUUUAUGUCAUCAGCCUCGAGGAGCGCGGUCACACAACCAAACCCCAAUUUAAAACAAGACAGUCUGAAGGUAGACAUGAUUCUUUUGGGGAAAAAACGAACUAAGACCUGGCACCGUGGAACGCUUGUUGCCAUCAAACAAGUCGGGAACAAUUUUAAGUACAAGGUGAAGUUUGAGAAUAAGGGGAAGAGUCUUCUGUCUGGGAACCAUAUAGCGUUUGACUACCACCCAACAUUGGAGCGACUGUUUGUUGGUGCCCGUGUUGUUGCCAAGUACAAGGAUGGCAACCAGGUCUGGCUCUAUGCAGGUGUAGUUGCUGAGAUGCCCAACAGCAAGAACCGUAUGAGGUUCCUGAUCUUCUUUGAUGAUGGAUAUGCUUCAUAUGUGGGCCUGCCUGAGCUCUACCCCAUCUGCAGGCCAUUGAAGAAGAGCUGGGAGGAUAUUGAAGAUGCAUCUUGCAGGGAUUUCAUUGAAGAGUAUAUAACAUCAUAUCCUAACAGACCCAUGGUGCUGCUUAAGCCAGGACAAAUUAUAAAGACAGAAUGGGAAGGGACGUGGUGGAAAAGUCGCGUGGAAGAAGUGGAUGGCAGCCUGGUUAAAAUGCUCUUUCUGGAUGAUAAGCGCAGUGAGUUGAUCUAUCGUGGCUCUACACGCCUGGAGCCCAUGUUUAAUUUGAAAAUGAACACAGCUAGCAGUCAGGAGAAGAAGAUGGCUGGUCAGCAGAGACAGCGUCCUAAUAUGGGAGCAUUGAGGUCUAAGGGCCCUGUAGUGCAGUACACCAGUGACAAUAGUAAUGCUACCUCCAGUCGACCUCCAGCCCCACCGCUUCCACCACCACCUCGACCACAGGUUCAGCCGCCGGCACCCCAACAGCCUUCUCGCACAGAGAGUCCUGGCUUGAAGAGUCAAAUGGCUAAGAAGAGCACUGGUCAGGUUGUAUUUCAGCCUCGUCAGGGCAUGGUCCCUGACCUCCAAUCCAAAGCACUAAUCACCACUGUUCCCCAGCCCAACACCUCCAGGUCUGUGCAACACCAAAUCACUGGGCUCUAUCUUUUGCAGCCUGGCACUGUGCAAAUGCUGACACCACUCACUCCAGUCCAUCCUAUGCAGUCAACUGUUGCGACAUACUCAAGUGAGCGUAUUCCUCAGGAGCCGUCUUACCAGGCUCCAAGCGACAGGCCGUUCUACCUUAACCACAUCUGCACCCCAGACUGUCUGAAGCGCAUUCGACCCACCCGCCCCAGCCUGCAUCGAGGACGCAACCCGCUUCUUACGCCGUUGCUCUACGAGUUUCGCCGCAUGACUGGCCGUAGACGCCUUAACCGAAAAAUGUCGUUCCAUGUCAUCUACAAGUCCCCGUGUGGCUUAAGUCUGAGGAAUAUGACAGAGAUCCAGCGUUACCUCUUCCAGACACACUGUGACUUCAUUUUCUUGGAGAUGUUCUGCUUAGAUCCCUAUGUGCUGGUGGACCGCCGAUUCCAACCCCAGAGGCCGUUCUACUUCAUCCGGGACAUCACGAGUGGCCGUGAGGACAUUCCUCUGUCCUGCGUGAAUGAGAUUGACAACACACCUCCACCCAGUGUGGCCUACAGUAAAGAGAGAAUACCAGAAGAUGGGGUCUUUAUUAACACCAGUCCUGACUUCCUGGUGGGCUGUGACUGCACUGAUGGCUGCAGAGACAAAUCAAAGUGUUCAUGCCAUCAGCUGACCCUGCAGGCCACAGGUUGCACACCAGGAGGACAGAUUAACACUAACGCUGGAUACCAUCACAAGAGACUGGAAGAGUGUCUUCCUACAGGGAUCUAUGAAUGUAAUAAGAGGUGUCGCUGUAAUCCUCAGAUGUGCACUAACCGCUUGGUUCAGCAUGGUUUGCAGGUCCGGCUGCAGCUUUUUAAGACUCAGAAUAAAGGUUGGGGCAUCCGUUGCCUUGACGACAUUGCCAAGGGCUCCUUUGUUUGUAUCUAUGCAGGUAAAAUCCUGACUGAUGACUUCGCUGAUAAGGAAGGUUUGGAGAUGGGCGAUGAAUAUUUUGCCAAUCUGGAUCACAUAGAGAGCGUUGAGAACUUUAAAGAAGGCUACGAGAGCGAAGCUCACUGCUCUGACAGCGACGGCAGCGGGGUGGACAUGAGCCGGGUUAAACUUUCCGCUGCCUCUAAACAUGGAAAACCAAACACCAAGGAGGAGCGAAACAGCAGUACUACUGGCAAAAGCCAAGACGAUUCAUCUGAAGAAAGCUCUGACGACAAAGAUGACGACUCAAACGAGGACGAAAGCGACAGCUCGGAUGAUACAUUUGUGAAGGACACAUAUUACACAUCUAGUUCAGUGUGGAGAAGCUACACCACCCGGAGACAGGCUAAAGGAAUGAAGGAAGAGAGCCAAGACAGUAAGGAUGGACUGAGUGCAGCAGGAGAUGAGAGGAAACCACCUCCCGUGCCAGAGGAGACUGGGAAGAGUAAGGUGGCAUCUUGGCUCACCAGCCAAUCCCCUGCUUCUGGAGCUCAGACUGUAAAGAUGGAGGGAGGAGGGGUGAAGGCAGAGAAGAAGGAUGUGAUGACACUCUCUGACAGCGAUGAUGUGCAAACCAUCAGCUCAGGUUCAGACGACAACAAAGAGAGAGAGAUAAAGACUCAGGCUGUGGUAAAGAGGCAGGUUGCAGUCAAGUCCACACGUGGCAUUGCUUUGAAGUCCUCUCACAGUAUGAUGGUAAAGUCGGGUGGAGGAGGUGUGUCUGGACCUCCUCAAGGACAGGGAGGUGGCGGUGGCGACAGUGGCCCUAAAAACACCCGCCAGUUCUUUGACGGGGAGGAGUCUUGCUAUAUUAUUGAUGCCAAACUAGAGGGCAACCUGGGACGCUACCUCAACCAUAGCUGCAGUCCCAAUCUGUUUGUCCAGAAUGUCUUUGUGGACACUCAUGAUUUGCGCUUUCCCUGGGUGGCAUUCUUCGCUAGCAAGCGAAUCCGAGCAGGGACGGAGUUGACAUGGGAUUAUAAUUAUGAAGUUGGCAGUGUGGAGGGCAAAGAGCUUUUGUGCUGCUGUGGAUCAACAGAAUGCAGAGGACGACUGCUCUAACAGACAGAUACAUAAAGGUUUCCUUUUGUUAUAAAUGUUCAUGAACACUUAUGUAGAAGCUGGUGUUUUAAGUCUUUGAUACUGAUAAGAACUGAGGAGACUCUUUAGGAACCACUGAAGCUGUAAUUAAUGUAUAUGUAUGCAUGCGUUCAGCUGUCCUGAUUCACAAAACUCUGCCUUAAACUUGAAACAAGGCCUUGACAUCAUUUUGGAUGUUUGAAAUCAAUUCACUAAACAGCUGUUUUUUACAUACAUCUGUCAAUCCAUCUUUUAUGUAAUACAUUAUUUUGAAAAUGAGAAUACGUGUUUUGAUGUUAUUUUUCCUUUUUUUUACGCUUGGUUUUGUAAUUAUCAUUGUAUGGUGCUUUUAGAUGUCGUUAGUUGUGUUUAUGAAAACAGGCAAAAUUGUACUUCUGUCACAGUUACAAUAAAAGUUUUCCCCAUAAAGAC